UAUUGCAGCCCUCCAAAUGUACAGGGUCUUAAAUAAAGGAAACUUGUCAUUCCUUUUAUAAUUAUGUAGAAAAAUCCAAAGAUGUCCGAGGACUAGGGACGCUAGUCCCUUCAAAGAUUUAAAAUCUCUAAGUAAACAUAUCUAGACGUUUGUCCCUUCCUUUUAGAGAGAGAAGAUAAGACAAGAGAGAGAAGCAAAAAGAGUGACUUCUGAGCUUUUUGGUAUGGAUUUUGUAUCUUCAGCAUUUCAGUGUGACCCAAUUGAUGAGCUGCUCGAGUUCUCUUCUAUUCCCUGCCAACAACGCAGAAUCCAGAAAGAUCCACUCCAGGUCGUGUCUUCUUCGUGUAACAAUGAUGUUGCCGAAAAGCCUGAUUAUCACCCUUGGCAACAAUCGUCUGUUGUGUUUGAUGAAAGUGAUGGUAAGCCUAUGGACUACAAGAGGAAGAAGAUCAUACAUAGAGAAGCUGAGAGGCAAAGACGGCAAGAAAUCGCUGCCCUUUAUAGGUCUCUACGGUCACUCCUGCCCGUUGAAUAUAUCAAGGGAAAGAGGUCAAUGUCUGAUCAUGUGCUUGUGGCUGUGGAUUAUAUAAGGCAAUUGCAGAAGAGGGUUGAAGAGAAGGGACGGAAGAGAGAUGAGCUAAAAAGCUCAUUCGAACCAAGCAUUGAUAUCAAUGCCAAAUCCCGAUGCUUUCCAAGUUGUCUGAAGGAGAGUGUAACAGUUGAAUCUUCUAGGGCAGGGUUUCAGAUUACCAUGAGCACCGCCAUGAGUGGAGGGCUCUCUGUUUCGAAAGUGCUCGAUGUACUCCUCCGAGAAGGGCUCCAUGUUGUUAGCUGCAGUUCCAUUAACGUAGAAGAAAGAUUACAUCACGUUAUCGACUCCGAGGUUGGCGACGGGACUAGCAUCAACCGAUCUGAGCUCAGAACGAAAUUGACAGAACUAAUUGAUGGUGCAAUAUUUGAGUAAGCUUUUACUUCUUCCUCGUUUUCGAGUAAAACGAACCUCGUGAUAAAGCUUGAAUUUUGUGUCCUCUUGGGUUCUCAGACCUUGGAUCACAUGCAUGUUCACUUUUCGCCACUUUUGUAUCUGUCCGUAUUCUGAUUAAUUUAUCUUCAAUAAAGGGCACAACACAGAUGUAUACUUAUAAUGUUAAACUCUCUACAGACUUGUUUGAAUGAUAUUCUGGGUUGGCUUCUGAGUA